AUGCAAAGCAGAGUGGAGGCUGCAGAGUGCAGUGGAGAGGAGAGGAGGAUGAAAAAUGAUGGGAAGUUUGUUAGGAUGGACAGCGGAAUAGAAGCUGACGCGCCUUUGGAUUAUGCUACUAUUCAGAUCUUUCCAACCAAAAACAGGUACGAGAUAUUUGUUUGUGGUAAUGACGAAGUCGAGAAAUUAGCUGUUGGCCUGCUGGAGCAACUCUUGCCCCAUUUGCCAGAAGUACAUAAAUUGUAUGCUAAAGGAUCUAAUGCUAUCCUCAAACUCCAACUAACAGGAGAACUCAGCAACGUACCAUGGUUCACAAAAUCAACUUUGAACAGAUUCCUGAAAAUUGCUGGUUCACCUGAUUUAGUGAAUACCAGCAAGACUAUUGAGGGUGAAAUUUCUCAAUUAGAGGAAGCCAGAAAAUUUCAUCUUUCUUUAUAUGCUCAGGGGCCUCAGGAUUGUUCUCAAAGUGGGAAAACAGAUGGCUAUGACUCAAUUGAGACAGAAGCAACAUUCAAAGCUGAAGCAAAAAUUGCAUUAUCUGAUACUUCAAAGAAUGAAUUGCUGCGAGCUAUGGACCUGAGGCUAACAGCAUUAAAAACGGAAUUGGCUACAGUCCUUAACCGUGCUUUUGAUGCCAUCUGCUCCUGUAAAGAAAUCACUUAUUUAGUAGAAUUUUGUGAAUAUUUUGGCGCAACUGAUCUAAAGAAUUCUUUGUGCACAAUCUUAGAAUUGGGCCAAAAGGGUGAGGCAGCUGCACUCAUAAAUGAUGACAAGCAUUCAUCAACAGUUGACAAUGUAAAUAAAGCGGAUGAAGAUACUCCAAUUUCAAGACCUGUAUAUUCAACACCACCAGUAAAGUAUGGUGUUUCACCAGCAAAGGCUGCCCAGGUUGAGCGGCAGAGCUCAACUGACAGUGAGGAGUCUUCAGACUUGAGUGAUGAAAAUAAAAAAUCUGCAGAAAGAAGUCGAGCACUUUCAAGAUCUGCAGCACCCAGAAGGUCAGCAUCUCCAAUGCGGAGGGUUCAAAUUGGGAGAACUGGAUCACGUAGGGCUGCUGCACUAACAAUUAAGAGCCUCAAUUUUUAUCCUGCUAGAGAAAGGACAUCAUCUCAUAGAGAUGUAGGUGAAAAUAGCAGUGAGGAGGAAGGAUUUGAGCAAUCAAGUAAAAAACCUGAGAGUAAUGUCCGAAGGAUGAGUGUUCAAGAUGCAAUCAAUCUUUUCGAAAGAAAACAAAAUGAUCAAAGUGUAGAUGCCCAAAAAAAGAGCUCCUUGUCGAACAUUUCUCUCUGUACAAAUAAAGCUGUUUUAAGAAGAUGGAGUUCUAGUGUCGCAGAAAAUUCCAGUCUCUGCCAACAAGAACUUAGUUCUGAAGAUUCUGUUCCUCUGCCUUGCAAUGAUAUUGCAGAUAAAGAAAUCUCAAAGUAUUCAGUUGAAGAAAAAUUAGAGCCUGAUAUUACAUCAGGAUUUCAAAAUCCUGCUGAGUCUGCUGAAGUUGAUGAAGAGUUGGAAAGAUGCGAAGAAAUGGGGCAGCAUGUAGUAAAUAUUGAAACAGACGCUAGUGCAGCACAAGAAAAGGAAAGAAAUGGAAGAACACCAGACUCAGUGGAAUGGAAUCGACAAAAGGAAGCAGAGCUGAAUGAUAUGUUGACGAAAAUGAUGGAAACCCAGCCUGUGAAAACCCAAAAGCCUAAAACUGUCAGAAACCAAAAUAUCCUUUCUGAGAAGAGAGGUGGAUUUUAUGAUCACUACAAGGAGAAGAGGGAUAGGAAACUUCGAGGAGAGAAUGCUGAAAAGAGAGCAGAAAAAGAGGCGCAAUUUAGAGCAAUGCAGCAAAUUCUUGAUGCGAGGAAAGCUGAAAUAGCUACGGCAAAUGUGAAGGACGUUGGUAAGAAGCAUCCACCAAACAAACCCCAAAAAUCUCUCAAGAAUCCAUCUCAACCUGCAAAUCUCAGAAAAGACAGCCCAAAGUCUUCUGUCACGAAAAAAGUUUCAUCUAAAACAUCGACCUUGCCUGCCACUCGUAAAUCAUGGCCAUCAACACCUCCAACCAGAGUACCAGUAUCAUCUCCAUCUAAAACUCCCUCAGGGAUUACAUCUGCUGGUACCACACCAAGAAGUCGGAAACCCCAGCCUACAACUUUACUUCCUCGAUCAAAUGCUAAAGAGCUUAAAGGGGGUAAAGAGAAGACACAGCAAGCUGUAAUGAAAAGUGGAAAAACAACAAAAACAAAAGUUGCAGCUGUUGCUGAAGAUUGUUCUGCCAUGGCUACAUCAAAGCCUAGUUUCUAUAAUAAGGUUACCAAAAAAAGCAGUGUAGUGCCAGUGGAAUCGAAACCCUUCCUCCGCAAGGGAUCUAGAAAUGGCCCUCCCAUUGUGAACAAGACAAAGGAUUCUUCCCAGCUGGAGGAGUCUUCUGUAAAAUGUGAGAAUAUGUCAGAAACUCAAGAGAAUGAGGUGGUUGUUGAUGCUUCUGUCGAGAUUGGUAAGCAUAAAGAUCAGGAUAAUGUGCCAACUAGUCAUUUUGAUGCUGCUACGGAGUCAGAAACAGUGGGAAAUAGCCAUCAGAAUUCUGGUGAGGUGGAGAACUUCAACGAGCUUGCAACUGAUGGUGAUGAUGGCUUCAAAGAUAUGACUCAAUCUUCGACAAAUUUUCAGUCCCAAGAAGAUUUAGUUAUCUCCCCCAGUGCGUGGGUGGAAAUAGAAGAGCAACAGGACCUGCCUAGCACACAUAAUGAUGGCACAACUCAACUUAGCCCUCCAGUCUGUGUUGAACCUGUAGUAUUGCAAAGUCAAGCUGUUCGUCAUUCUCUUUCACAGAUGCUGCAAGAAGACAAUAAUAGUGAACCUGAUAUUGUUGAGUGGGGAAAUGCUGAAAAUCCUCCUGCAGUGGUCUACCAAAAAGAUGCUCCCAAAGGGUUGAAGAGGCUUUUGAAGUUUGCUCGGAAGAGCAAAGGAGAUGCAAAUAUGGCAGGUUGGUCUAGCCCCUCUGUUUUUUCUGAAGGAGAGGAUGACGGUGAGGACUCUAAAGCUAUCAAUAAGAGAAACGCUGACCAUAUACUGAGAAAGGCAGCCCUUCAUUCGAAGGACCAUGGGCAUGGGCAGCAACAGACCUCUUUCUUUGAAGGACAUGACAGAAAUGUGAAUGCUGACGAACUUCCAUUGGCUCAUUCAAACAUAAGCAAAUUCAGUGCCCAGAGUUCUCAUCAGUUGCAUAAAGGCCAUGCCUCGACUGCAACCUCUACAGCUAAAGCAACAAGGUCAUUCUUCUCUCUUUCAGCAUUUAGGGGCAGCAAACCAAAUGAGACCAAGUUCCAUUGA